AAUGAUUCCGGUGGGGCUAAACGAUUUAUUGAUUGCACAUGUUUUUCAUUUAAGGUAGCAAAAUGUACGGUUGUAUUUGUUCUUAAACCACGUUCGUCCUUGAAUGUUUACUCACAAAAUAAAUUAGACCGAAUAGUCUAUGUCUAUAUUGUGACGAUAAAACUUGAAACAUGCAGAAAUGAAAAUGGGCAUUCUGGCCUUCAGUGAGCUGUUCUUUGUCAGGGAACCCCAUGAUCUGACGGUGUUACCAGGAGAGUCGGUGCUCUUGGAUUGUCACGCACGUGGUGAGGUUCCCAUUGCCGUCAGGUGGCUGAGGAAUGGAGCGAACGUGCAGGACGACGAGCGCGUGCAGCUCCUUCCCAACGGCUCACUGCGAAUCUCCCAGGUGGAGAGCGGUACUGCAGGGACAGCGGAUGCAGGCUUCUAUCAGUGCCUGGCUCAGAACCAGUAUGGAGCCAUCCUGAGUCAGAAGUCGCGAUUAACUGUUGCAGGUAUCUCCACCUUUGUGAGGCAGCCCUCACCUGCCGUGCUCAUGGAGGGCUCCGUGGCCAGGUUCAGCUGUAAGGUCACUGCCCACCCGCCAGCCGCCAUCACCUGGGAGCUGAAUGAGGCCCUCAUGCCCCUGCUCACAGACAGGAUUACAGUAUUGCCCAGUGGAGUUCUGCAGAUUCAUGGAGUAGAAGCAGGGGAUUCUGGGAAGUACCGCUGCAUGGCUACCAACAUUGCGAGUCGCCACUGGAGCACGGAGGCAAUGCUCACAGUUAAGCCAGCCCUGCCUUCCAGGCUUGUAGUGGGGCCCCACAUCAUAGCCGGGCCCCAGAACCUGACGCUCUCCCUGCACGCCACUGCUGUGCUCGAGUGCCUGGCCACUGGGCAGCCGCGCCCCAUUGUCUCCUGGAGCCGGGCAGACCACAAGCCCAUGGAUGUGUUCAGCACUCGGGUGCUGGGCGCUGGGAACCUCAUCAUCACGGACGUGAGGCCCCAGCACGCCGGUGUGUACGUGUGCAGAGCCACCACCCCAGGCACCCGCAACUACACCGUUGCUAUGGCAAACCUCACUGUUCUUGCGCCCCCCUCUCUGGUGGAGUGGCCGGAGAGCCUGACCCGGCCACGGGCCGGCACAGCGCGCUUCAGCUGCCAGGCGGAGGGGAUGCCUCAGCCCAAUAUCACCUGGCUGAAGAACGGGGCGGAGAUCCACUCCAACGGCCGGAUUAAGAUGUAUAGCAGCAAGCUGGUCAUCAACCAGAUCACCCCGGAGGACGACGCCAUUUACCAGUGCCUGGCGGAGAAUGAGCAGGGCUCAGUGCUGGCCACGGCCAGGCUCAUCGUGGUCAUGUCCGAGGACCGGCCCAGCGCCCCCAGGAACGUGCGAGCCGACACCGUGUCCAGCUCGGCCAUCCUGCUGGCCUGGGACCAGCCGCUGUACAAUGCUGACCGCGUCAUCGCCUACUCCGUGCACUACAUGAAUUCUGAAGGGAUAAACAAUGAGGAAUACCAGGUUGUCAUUGGCAACGACACGACGCGCUACAUCAUCGAUGACCUGGAGGCGGCGUACAACUAUACCUUCUACAUCGUGGCCUACAUGCCGAAUGGAGCCAGCCGCAUGUCCGACCACGUGGUCCAGUGCACCCUGGAGGACGUGCCUCUCCAUGCUCCGGAGCUCAACCUGCUCAGCCGCAGUCCCACAGAUAUCCAGGUGUCCUGGCAGCCUCUCACAGCCAAGUUCAGCCGCGGUCGUGUCUCAGCCUACCGGUUGUCCCUACGCACGGCUGCCGACGGCACCAUCACCCAGCUGGAUCUGCCCGGUGACUGCACCCAGCACCUCCUGGAGGGGCUUCGACCUGACACCCUCUACCUCCUUCGGGUGGCCGCCGCCACCAGUGUGGGUUGGGGUGAGCCCUCUGCCUGGACCUCACACCGCACCCCUCCAGCAUCCAGCACUAACGUGCCCCUGGCCCCCCUGCUGCAGUUGGAGCCGCUGAACUGCACCACUAUGCUUCUGCGCUGGCGGCCGCACGCCGGGGACGCGGCCCGUGUGCUGGGCUACUGGCUCUCAUACCGCCAGGAGGGCCAGACCGCCGGCCCCCCCAUCCAGCUGCCGGCCCAGGACUCCCAGUUCACCAUCCAGGGUCUGGAUCCAAGGAGGAAGUACCACAUUAAGCUGCUUGCCUACAGUAUCGCGGGGGCCGGCUACCAGGCUGACCAGACAGCCAGCACGCCUGGAUGUGUCUCGGUCCGCGAUCGCAUGGUACCUCCCCCUCCGCCCCCCCAUCGCCUGCAUGCCACGGCCAACAGCUCGACAGCGGUAUAUCUGCGGUGGGACCCCCCCGCCUUCACCGUCGGACAGGCCGUAAGCUACACGGUUCGCUGUCACCCCGUCGGCUUGCAGAACGCCUCGCUGGUGCUCUACCUGCAGACUAAAGAGCAGGCUCUGCUCAUCCGUGGGUUAGAGCCCAACACAAAGUAUGAGUUUGCUGUGCGGCUCCACGUAGACCAGCUGGCCAGCCCGUGGAGUGCCGUGGCGUUCCAGACUACGCUUCCCGAAGCCCCCACUCUGCCGCCGUCCAGCGUGAAGGUCACCCUGAUUGAGAGUGACACGGCUCUGGUCUCCUGGAAGCAGCCGGAGGAGCCCAACCUUGCAGUGACUCGGUACACCAUCCUGUACGCCUCGCGCCAGGCCUGGGUGGCCGGUGAGUGGCAGGUGUUGCAGAGGGAAGGGACCAACACCAUGGCCCUGCUGGAGAACCUGCUGCCCGGAAACGUCUACCUGGUGCGGAUCUCUGCCUCGAACCAGGUGGGAGACGGACCCUUCUCCAGAGAGGUGGAGUUGGCUGUGCUUCCGAUGGGCUCGCAGGCGAAGCAGAACUCCGGCCGCUACGAUGCCACGGCUCUAGCUAAAGCCUUUUCCGAUGGCUUCUUCUACAUGGACCAGAAGUCCAUGAUGGGCAUCGUGGUGGGAGUGUCCAUCGCGUUGGGCUGCAUCCUCCUCUGUGCUCUCAUCCUCUUAUACAAGAGCAAAUCCCGGAAAUUCUUUGCCCCUAAGACGGCCAGGCAAGGGAGCUCACUCCAGAAUGCACCCCCCCCGAGGGCUGAAGAACAGACAGACAGUGCGGAGGCCCUGGUGCUGGCGACGGCCCACCAUUUCAUCGACGCUAAAGGGGGAACGGACAUGAUGGUGAACGGCUCCGGUCCCGUGAAGCCCAGCAGGCUGAGGAGGAACAUGUGGUGGUUUGUCAGUAAUGAGGGGAAGCAGAAGUCCACGAAGGAGCCGACCCAGAAGAGAAGCUACAGCAGGUGCUCCUAUCAGCUGGCUACUACAGUCUUGAGGUAUGAGCAGGGGUCUCCCUCGUACCUAGGCAGGAACACCCCCACAGGACCUGGGUUUGGGCGACCGGGAGAGACGGAGGGGUCCCAAGGCAGCGAGGGCACAGGCGACUCGGGGCACUACUCGCACGACGAGGCUGACUUGGGCAACAUGGCCGACACACCGCCGCUGUCGCUCGGCGUGAAAGAGGCCGGAGCCUGCAGUGAAGGAGAGCAGCCCCACCUAGUGGUGGAGAUGGAAAACCUCACCAAGAUGGCCUCUCAGCCCUCGCAGCAGAGUCUGCAUGCAACCGACCAAGUACAUCCUCUGUGAUGUAGAAACUGACACCCCCCCCCCACGUCAUGCACUCCAACCCCCCAAACAGCUGUUCUAAUGGACAACGAGCAGGAACCCCAAGAGAAGGAAAAAUAUUCUGCAGCAUUGGGGGGCCCAGUCUGUCAGAGGAUCGUUCUCUGAGAUGAAGUCCUUUAGUCUUUGUCUAUCUUUGUCUUUGUUCUAAAUGUUUGUAUGUCUUAAUCUCACCCACCAUGAAUGUUACCAAAGAUGUGAGAACUGCCUACAGAGAGUGUAUCACUGGACUGCCGGGGACUGACUGCCUUAGUCCCGUUCGCUCACCUUCUACCUCAGUUUACUGCAUGGUAAACGCUACUUUUAGUAUAUUUAAAAACCCCUUUUACCCGAAU